UUUAAGGUAGAUGGUACUCGUUCGCCACUUCGCAUCCCCUUGAUUUCCUGACGUUACAACCCGCCACGACGCAACGCGAUCCUACCGGAUCUCAGCUCCCUUGUUAGAACACCCCCGACUGCUCUGUAGCCUUGGCUUCGCUGCCCGGGUUCUAUCGACAACGCUCGCCCGCUCUUGGCUUCGCCGCCCGGUUCGGGCUAUCGUGAUUUUCCCAAUCACCUAUUAGAGAUGGACCAAAGAUUAAUAUUAAAAUGCCGGGACUACCAUGCGCAGUUGUUCGGAAGGGAGCAACUCCAAAAUCACAUUUGCGGAGCAUGGAGUUUGCUUCAAAAUCAACCUCCUCUCAGCGAAACUGCGGAGCAGAAACAGGCAAGAUGGGGAGCAAAAGAAAAAAGAAAGAAACAAGAAGUAGAAAAAGCAAUGAAAGAGGAAAUAAGGAAGAUACGAGAUGUGGUAGAGUCAGCUGUAGACUGGGAAGGAAUGUUAGCAUGGAGGAAAGAAGAAGAAGAGAAAGAAAAAAGGAAGGAAAUAGAAAGAAAAAUAAAAGAAUUCGAAGUGAGGAUGAAGAAGCAGGAGGAAGAAUGGAGAAAGAAGAAGAAUAAUUAAUUAUUAAAAGAAAAAAUAUAUUAUGUGGAAGGGAGUAAAAUAAAAUAAUUCAUAUGUUUUUCCACACAGAAUACAGAAAAAUUAAUUUUUUUUUGGCUCUCUCUCUACAAACACAAAA